UGGGCACUUGGCUGGGGCUGCGUGAGUGCCCGUGCAGCUCAGAGCCUCUGCCUGCAGCCCAGCACGACAGGCCACAUGAGGGAGCCCCCAUGCCUGGUUCCCAAGGAGCUCUAGGGACGUGAUUCUCAGCCAGGGUGCUGCAGCGCUGUUGGCCAUGCAAACAUGGUUCACAAGAUAAACCCAGAGGUUUCCCACUGGAAUCUGCAGCGUUAAACCUCGGCUGACCUGCAGCGGUCUUCCUGACUUCUUUGCAACAGACUAAUUGCUCCACUAUUGUUCUGCAGUCAAAAAUGGAGUGAAAACUCGGUGCUGACAUUUUCUGAGGGGGCCCUUGAGUCUCUCCCAGAGUGCCUCGAGUUUAUCGAGGGGUGCCUUGAGCCGAAAAUGGUUGAGAUGAGAACCACUGCUCUAGGGCAUCCAGGCCAUGGCAUGCUCCAGGGACGCAAAUCAUGCCCUCCGCCGUUCCUCCCCAAGGCCCAUCACAUCAGAUCUGUUCCCCAGGCAGGAACAGAGCCCAAUGCACUGCCCUAGCUAUGAGCAGAGCCAAGUCACGUGCCAGUGUUGCUCACACCAGCUGCGUAUUGUGUGCCCCCCUGCCCCUCUCCACCUUGACCCCACUUCUCAUUGCAGGAAAGGCAAGAAGAAGAAGGUCCUGCCAGAUGGGGUAAAGCUGAUAAAUGAGUCUCUGCUGAGGCAGACACAGCUCCGGUCACUCAGUAAAUCGGACACCAAACUGCACGAGCUCAACAGGGUGAAGCUGCAGAAAGACAGCCACAGGCCUGUCAGCAUGGAUUUCCUCUGCACGUCUGGGGCUUCAGGUGAGGGAGAGAGCUCCAUGAACAGCUCAAGCAUCAGCAUCAGCGUCCUGCUGCGCAGAGAGCUGCCCCGAAUCCCCCUGCCCCCCUCUUCUGCUGAGACCCCGAGCCCUGACCAGACCUACUCCAACUUGGUCUUCUCUGCUGCGCGGAGGCCAGCCCCGGAGACGCUGUAUGAGCCUGUGGUGGCAAAGCAGGGAGCACCGCAGCUGGUGCCCAACUUGGCAUCCUCCACCGAGGCCGCCUCUUUGGGCAGUGAGGGCAGAGUGGUGACAGCUGAUUAUGCCUGCGUCCGCAAAGUGAAGAAACCCCAGCCAGAGCCAUGCGAGGUGACGCCGGGCGAGUCCUCCCAGAAGCCUUCGGACGGGCUCCCAGGCUGGGGAGGAGCUGCCUGCAGCCCCCCGACAGCAAAGGUGGAGGAAAUGUACUCAACGGUGUGCAAGGCUGGCAAGAAGAAAGCCCAGGACUCCCCGUCUGCAGGAAGGGCUGCUGCGGACGUGGGUCCCGGAGACCACAGCUGGCCAGCGGCAUGCCAGGAAGAGGGCGUCAGGGCAGGGUACCCAUCCACCCUGGCUUGCCCCUUGCUCAUCGAGCCCUGCUACGAGUCUGUCGAUGAGCGCCCCUGGGCCAAGCGUGGGAGCAGCUCAGCCCCGGAUCCAGACUAUGCAGAGGUUGAUGCCAAGUGGAAGAAGUCGGAGAGAAAGAGCAGGUCUCCCAGGAGCUGCCCCAGCGAGAACUUCUAUGAAAGUGUCAGUGACCUGUGGGAGGGGGAGGCGAGGAGAACAACUACCACAAAGGUCCACAAUGGGUUGGAGGUCUUCAUCACGGACUUAUAGCCCCUCUCACACAGCUGCCCCCUUCCUGGCAGCCCCAGGGCAGCCCCUCUGCACUGCCAUAGAGACCUCCAGCUGCCCUGCAGUUCAGCCAUCCAGCAAGGUACCACAGGGAAGUCCAGCCUUGUUCUGCAAGCUGUAAUCCCUUUGGUGCUUUAGGGCAUGCACCCAUCUCUGACUUUCCUGGAGAGAGACUAUCCCAUGACUGCUCUCAGCUUCCUCUGAAGCAGCUGGUGCUGGCCCCUUCUGGGGGCAGGAGACUGGUCUGGAUGGGAGUGUUUGGGUUGAUGCUUCUUGGGGUUUGUGUCCAUUUUAGAGGGACGUGGACCCCCAGCUCAGGCACCUGCCCUGCCUGUGACUUGAAGCAGGGUCUGGAGAAGAAGAGUGUAGAAACCUAGUCUAGGAAAGGGGCAGCUGAGUUCCUAAGGACGCUUCCUUCUACAUUGUACUCCACCCUUGUAAGCUUAUUGUUCUGUCUGUUAUAGCCGGCAGGCUCACACUGCCAUAACUGAGAUACCCAGAAGCAGAGCAGUCUGGAUUACCUGAGAACGUGCGUUCACGUGAUACAGGCGUCUGUCUGUUUCUUGUGAGACGUGACGGCCCCCUGUCCAGGCCACCCACCUCUGAUUAUGGGCUGCCCAGAGAGAUCACAAUUUGUGGUGCUAAUUGCACGGUGAAGCCAAGGUUUGCCGGGUCUCUGUGUCACACUGGAGAGUGCAGGGGAUAGCCAGAGCCAAAAGGGGUGCAGUGCACAGAGAUUGUCACACUAGGGCAGGGGACCUCCCGAGGGAGGUGGGGCCAGCUCACUGCAGGUCCCAGGGCAUGGGGGAAGGCAUUGCAAGGGAAUUCACUUGGCUACAGCCUCCUGCAGACUUCUGUCCCUCUGGGAGCUCACCCUGAGUUUCCUGAGUGAUAAAGCCCUGCACGGGGACACAGGGGCCAGAGCUGAUUUCUAGCUUGACCAUUGAGUGAUUAAGGAAACAUCACAGUUCAGUGCUUUCUCGUGCAAAACGGGAAGGAUGUUCCUGGCCUCCAGUGCCAGGCACCUUGAGCAAGGCAAGAGACCUCCUAGGUCAUCAAGUUGGUCCCUUGCAGGCAACAACGUCUUCUAAGCCUGUUUGCAAGCUCCGGACGGCUGGGGCGGGGGAUGGUUGCAAGAGAUGCAGGAAGCCCUCAGCCCUUGGCAGAUUUCCUAUCUGAGAAGCGCCACCGUCAUAUUGUUCAAGCCUGAGAGAUUUUUUUUAUACAGGAGAAAGUUCCUUGUAAACUUUCCCCUAACAUGCUGACCUGUGUCCUCUUUUACUUACCCCUUGACUUUGUAACACCGGCAGCUGCCUAUGGGGAUGCUGCAGGUCCAAUAAACAUGACAGCGGGAUCUGAAAUGUGGUAGCCUGUUUGUGUUCCCAAAGCCAUGCCGCUGCGGUGGCCUGGAGCCCUGAUGUGGGAUAGAUUUCCCCCUGAAGCAAGCCCUGAAUGCAGAGCGGAGCCGGAGGAACCAGGCCACGCGCUGCGAGGGGAUCUGUGCCGUCUCCCAAAGCCUUGGGGCUGUUGUUUUCUCCGUCUGCGGGGAGGAACGAUGACAGGAUCUACCCGUUUCUGGUUCCACCGGUCUGAUCAUCUCCCGCCUUCCCCUGCGUUCGCUGGCUGUCAGAGUCCCUUGGUGUGCUGUGAGCUGCUGCCAGAG